AUGCACUGUGGCCUGCGAGGUCCAGCUCCUUAUCCUGUGCGUGGAAGGGAAAGGGAGGCCGACUUGGAGAGGAUGAAAGAGGAGAGCAUGUGCCCAGACUCACCGGAGGGCAGCCUGGGAACCAGCGAGGAGGAAAGUGAGAAGGUGCCCAAGAAGAGUCUUCGGAAGAGGAGCCAGCUGGGUAAACCCUUGGCUUCAGCCCCUCCAGAGUACAGCAGCAGCCCUUUGCCACAGGGGAAGCGCAGCAAGCGCAGCCCCGUGUCCCAGACUUUCGAGGACAUGCACACGCAGCGGGUGAUCGCCAAUGUGCGGGAGCGUCAGCGCACCCAGUCGCUCAACGACGCCUUUGCCGAGCUGCGCAAGAUCAUCCCCACCCUGCCUUCGGACAAACUCAGCAAGAUCCAGACCCUCAAGCUGGCUGCCCGCUACAUCGACUUCCUCUACCAGGUCCUGCAGAGUGACGAGCUUGACCACAAGAUCUCCAGCUGCAACUACCUGGCCCACGAGAGGCUCAGCUACGCCUUCUCUGUUUGGAGGAUGGAAGGGGCCUGGUCCAUGUCAGCAUCCCACUGA